UUCACUAAAAAAUAAAUUAUUGCUAUUAAAAUAGCUUUAAAAAAUCAGCCUUUUAUUAGUAAUAAAUAUUCUUCCUUAUAAAUUGAUAUUUUAUACAAAAGCGCAUGAAAAAUGAUGCUUUAAGAUUUCUCCCUCCCCCCAUGUAGUUCUUUCUUUUAGAAAUUCUUCAUAUUCUAUAAAGUUUUUCACUUUAGAAUUCGGCAUUUCUAUCAUAGAUUUAAAGUCAGUCAAUUUUUCUUUAGGAAUUAUGAUAUUACUUUUAUUCUAUUCGUCUUUUAUCAUACUAUUUUUUAUAAAAGAUUCUUAUUCAAUAUAAUAUUUGUUAGUUUUUUCUUCUUCUAUAUAUUGCUCAUCAUUUAUAAAGCUUACAUAACUGUUAACUUACUAAUCUUCAUCUUCAAAAUUGAACUUUUUUUGUAAGUAAGAAUAUUAUUAAUGAUCAAAGAAAUGAGUAUAUUAAAAUUAAGUUUAAAAAAGUUCUUCAAUAUUGGUUAUACUUUCUUUAUAUAAAACUUAAUAAUGGACAUCGCUUUAACAUAAAUUUUAAACGUACUAUUAGAUGAUUCUUUUAUUUGAAAUAUAUUCAUUUUAACUAACCGAUUCUUAAUGCUUGCUAUACUCGAAUAUAUUAUUUACAGCUUGAAGAGAUAUUUAUUACAUUUAGUUUAUUAUUUUUGUUAAACAGCAAUUUAUUCCACACCAUUC